AACAGACGAGCACAACAACAGUUUUCGUUUGCCGGCUGUUUGCAACGAACGCAUUCCUAAUAAGCGGUUGCCGCAUCACUUUCACACUUGUCCGCGCUCACCUUUUUGGAUUGUUUCGCGUUUGUCGUGUGGGCGCGCGCCGCCGAGCAAUAAAAAUAAUAAAUAAAUAAAAUAGGGAAUAUUGUGAUUAGGAGACGUUUAAGGAGUGUGUUGCGUGGGGCUUGCUGCGUGCUGCGUGGUGUGUGGCCAAACAAUUAAUACAAAUAUUAAUUAAUUGAUGUGAGGAGAUGGCCGUCGAAAUCACAAACACAAUAUUAUCGCUACAGCCGGCCGUUGAGGCUGAACCGUUGGCGCCGCAAUCGUUCCACUGGCAGCUCGAGGAUUACGCAUACUUUCACAAGUGCGGAGAGAUAACCACAUCGCCGGACGUACAAUGUUUCGGUUUCAAUUGCGCCUUCUGCCCGGCCAUUUGUCUACAAUUUUCGGUUUUCAUAGAUCACAUACGCGGCCAUCACAUGCAGGAACUGCGCCGGCGCUACGAGGGCGCCGAUGCGAAAACUGAACAAACAACGCAGACCGAUUUCAAUUUAAUGAUAAUGGAUAUGCAUCUCGAAGGUGAGCCAACAAUAACAGGAACAGCAGCAGCGGCAGCGGCAACACCAACAACAACAACAACAACAACAACUGUGCUCAAUGCAACACCUACUCCAGUGGCCCCAACAAAACGCACAAAGAACCCGCCCAAUUGGAAUGAGGCGCAGGCUUCAAUGGGGCUGCCAGACAUGGACAUGGGCCUAGACCUCGCUAGCAUUGUACAAACAUCGGCGCUGCCAAAGACGAGCAACAACAAUGCUGCGCUAUUGCAACUAAACAGCACGGCAACAGCAGCAGCAACAACUGCACUAGCAACUACAACAACAACAGCAGCAGCAGCAGCAACACCUGCCGAAAUGGACUUCGUUUAUGUUAUGGAAAAUCCAUUGCCACCCUCGCCUCCGCCAUCGGCUGACAUUUCGCGCUGCGAGCAGAACGCGCGACUGCACUCGAUAGAUCCAUUUGAAAUAUUUCAUGAGGUCUGUUCCUCAGCAGUCGCGCACACACACACACACACCCAUAACAAUACCCACACACAGGCACUAGCGCAGACACACGCACAGGCACAGGCACUGGCACACGCGCAUGCACAUGCAAACACACACACCCACACACAGACACAAGCGAACACCAAUACGAAUACAUACGAGGCGGCGGAGUCCAGUGGCGCUGUCAGUGUAGUCGCCCAUCCCCGUUAUGAGACACGGCGCGUGGCAAUGCAGCGCAAGCUACGCGACGCGGAAAAGCAAACUGCAACAGCUGCUGCAGAGCAACAGCAACAACAACAACAACAACUGCAGCAAUUGCAAUUACAACUACAACAGCAGCGCCAGCAUAUGGAGCAGAAUGUGCUCGAGUUAACUCCGCCGGCCACGCCCCCAACACCAAUGCCGCCCAAUUCGCCCACCAGCAGCGUUGCAAGCAGCGUGGACUUGAAGCUGCGCACGCGUCGCGAACUCGAGCGCAAUCGCGAGUUCGUCUGCUCUCUGCUGGUCGCCUAUGAGCGCAGCGAGAAGCUCUGGAAUCCCAAGCAUCCCGACUACAAAUACAAUGCCAAGCGCAGCGUCUACAAUGAAUUGGCCGCGCCCCUACAAGCCGUCUUUCAGAUACCGCUAACCGGCGCCGAGGUCUUCGCCGUGCUGAAGGAGCUGCGCGGUCGCUACCGGCGCGAGCUGAGCAAACUGAACUCGUUGGGCGACAAGUACAAGUCGCGUCUGUGGUACUUCGAGAAGAUGCACUUCUUGCGAGGCGUUAUUGAAGCUAAGAGAGCCGAGCGAGAAGCAAAGAACGAAUCAGCUGAGAGUGAAAAGUCCAGUGAAACGGACAGCGAAUCGACCACAAAGUCAGCGCAAUACCGAGAGGUGCUGAGCUGUUUGAUCGAUGGCUUCAGGCGCCAGGAGUGUCUAUGGAAUCCGCAGCACUUUGACUAUAACAACUGCUGCAAGAAGGAGCUAUACCGGCAGAUCUCAGCGGAGGUCUUGGAGGAGCUCAACUACGAGAUGAGCGGCGAGGACUGCUACAAGGAGUUGCAGAAGCUGCGCACGCGCUAUCGCAAGGAGCUGCGCAUGGUGAUCAAGCAUAAGGGUCUCUAUCUGCCCAAGCUGUGGUGCUACGAUGAGCUGGAGUUUCUACAGAAGAUUCUUCAGGAGCAGAUCUUCAAUAAGAUCAGCAAGAAAAAGGGAGUUGUCGAAUCGUAUCGUCGAACCAAGUUCAUUGAUGCCAGCAGCAUUAGCUUCGAGCUGCAGGAGGAUCAGCUGCAGUUUGUGGAAAUCUAUCGCAACUAUCCAGCCCUUUGGGAUGUCGAUCAUCCCGAUUUCCGCUCAAAUGCCUAUCGCACCCACGCCCUGGGCCAGAUGCUGGAGGAGCUCAAUACGACAUUUCAAAGGACCUACACCACAGCCGAGCUGGAGAAGACUUUGUUUGAGUUGCGCAAGGACUUCUCGGCGCAGAAACGCAAGAUCCUAACAAAUGCCUCGGACUGCAGCAGCAUUUCCUUGCUGCAUGCGAAACUUGGCCAGUUUCUCGAACCGAAUCUGGGUCCCUUUCGCUGUGACGUGUGCAGCGAGCUGGUGAAGACCUGCGAUCAGUAUAAAGUACAUCGGGCGGCGCAUGACGGCACACAGCCCUUCAUUUGCACGCUCUGCGGCAAGGGCUUCCAAAUGCCCUGCAAUCUGACGGUGCACAUUCGGCGCCAUAGACGGGACUUCCCCUACGCCUGCGAGCAGUGCGAUAAGCGCUUCGCCACAUCCACUGAGGUGGCCAUCCACAUGCGCACGCACACGGGCGAACGGCCCUACAUCUGUGACCUGUGCGGCAAGUCGUUUAAGACGUGGUCGUUCUUCGAUAUACACCGGCGCACGCAUCUGAAUCAGUCGUCGUUCCAUUGUCCCAUCUGUGACAAGGGCUUCUAUGAGAAGAAUCGCUUCACCGAUCACAUGAAUGCCCAUCUGAAUAUACGCAAGCAUUUGUGCACCGUCUGCGGCAAGACCUUCACCACAUACGGCAACCUCAAGAAGCACACCGAACUCCAUCUGGCCGUGAAGAAGUACAAGUGUGGAGCUUGUGGCAAGCGCUUUGCACAGUUCGCCAGUUUGCGUUGGCACAGAAAACGUGAGCACACUUCAGAGCAGCAGCAGCAGCAGCAGGAGGAGGAGCAGCAGCUGGAGCAGGAGGUGGCGGUGGAGGUCGAGGAGCAGUCACAACAAUACUCUCCAACAGCCAACGUCUAAUCAAUUUGCCAGCUAUUUACAAAGCCAUUACAGGCAGUCGAUUCUAUUUGGCAUGUACUCAGAGAUACUCACUACUCAGUAGAGAACGCGUGUACUUAACAUAUCCUCUAAAUACCACCAAGUGAUCUGCCUAGCUUAUAAGCUAAGGAUUAAAGUCUAGCUUAAAUGGUAUAAAUAUCAUAUUUACUAGUUGUUAGUCUUUGGUAUAUCUUUUAAGCAAACGAUCUCAACUUAGUUUUAAUUAUAUUUAAGCUAGCUAUGUUAGCAAAUUUCUUAUAUCAUUUAAGUACCUAUAUAUAUAUGUAUGUAUAUUAUUUAUUUACUUCCAGCUGUUUUCAUAUUGAUGUAUUAGUAAGUGUUAAACGAGCAUACUUAAUUAGUUUAUAGCGUUCCCAACAAACUGCAUAUAUGCUGAAAUUUUAAACAUAUUCAACGCCAUAGCUAUAGCAUAGGUGGAUUAUAGAUCUAAGUUUAGAAAUUAACUUUCAACAGGCUUCAAAAUCAUAUAUCAAUUUAUGUAAAAUAAUAUAAACAAAAGUUUUAAAAUAAUUAUUUAUAUA